ACCUUUAAAGAAGCUGAGAAAAAGAGUUCUAAGCUUUGUCUGUGACUGGUGAGAGCCAAAAGCCGAAGAAAGGGAAGAUGGCGCUAUGGAUGGAAAAGGGUUCAGAGCCAUUAACCGAAACCGAGAAGGCAGACCUUGAAGCCAUUGCUGCACUCAAAGAGUCUGCAGCCUUUGAAUUCAAGGAAAAGGGUAAUCAAUAUGUGAAGAUGGGCAAGAAGCAUUACUCUGAUGCCAUUGAUUACUACACGAGGGCAAUUGAUCAGAAAGCCUUGAGUGACUCUGAGACCUCUAUUCUCUUUGCAAAUAGAGCCCAUGUGAAUUUGCUUCUAGGGAAUCUUAGACGUGCUCUAACAGAUUCUAAUGAGGCCCUCAAGUUGUGCCCUUCAAAUAUAAAGGCAAUUUAUAGAGCUGCGAAAGCUUCUCUUUCACUAAACAUGUUGGCUGAAGCAAGAGAGUAUUGCUUGAAGGGUCUUCAGUUUGACCCCAAUAAUGAGGACUUGAAGAAGCUUGACCGGCAGAUCGGUCUCAAGAUAUCAGAGAAGGAAAAGCAUGAGGCUGAAGCCUCCAAGGCUGUCGCGGAGACAAAGAAACUUGUGUCUGCGAUUGAAAAUAGAGGCUUGAAGAUUGGAAAGGCAAUGUAUCUAGAACUUACUGGACUACGGAAACCUGUGUUGGAUAAAAGUAAUAUCCUUCAUUGGCCUGUUCUUCUUCUGUAUGCAGAGGUUAUGUCCAGUGACUUCAUUGAGGAUUUCUGUGAGACUGACAUGUUUUCGGUUCACCUUGAUAUGAUAUUUGCAGAAGAUCAGCCGUUGUCAUGGGAUGUUGAAAACAACUACAAACGUGAAUUUAUUGAAUUAUACUAUGAGCAGACUGGUUCUGGACUUUGUCUAUCAAAGGAAAAACUUCUUCAUUGUCUAUUAGAGGGAACUGCAGCUGCUCACAGGGAAGGUGUUGGUGAUGAAGAGAAAGACACAGUUGAGGAUUAUAAGCAACACAUGGGUUCCCCUAAAUGGAUCAAAGUGAAUGAAAGGAGAACACUCCACGAUGUUCUCAAAGAGCCUAAUUUCAUCAUUCCUGGGAUCCCAGUCUUCUAUGUUGUUUCUAAGCGAUCCAGCUUUUAUGGCAAGUUCAAAGCUGGGAAGUGGGCACCUCCAAGUAUAUGAAGGAAGCAACAUGUAGCUGAUGUCCAAACAGACAUGUUUUGCACAAACUAGAUUCAAGAGUUAAUGUCUCAACUCAACUUGGAAGUCUUGAAGAUUGCUCAUAGUUCUUCCAACUUUUUGGACUUCCUUUUAAACUAGAGUUACCUGCUAAUUGCAAUUGUGUGUGCCAGUGAUAGUGUUAGAAUACAAGGAACCUAGUCAACAAAGUAUAAUUUGAUAUAGCUUGUGAUUUUUUGGUACAUGUAUAAUUUGAUAAGUUUUGUUCUAGACUUUUAUCAAGUUCUAGGUGCAUAAUGUUUUUCAAUACGUAGAAUGUCCUAUUUUCUUAUUCACUUAUACACACCCUGGCUGGCAAGGGAUAAUUGGUGCAUUCUAGUUUCCAAACGUUUUCUUUAUAAAUAUACCUUGUUAUAAUCAUUUGCACGA